AUGAAGCAUCGGGUUCUGAAGUCACCUCGGCGUAAGCUAAACGCAUUCCGUGCUACACAAUUGGUACUUUGGCGACGAAGAUACUUUGAAGGUAUUUUACGCUGGGAAAUGGCACUUCGCCUGAUGUUCGUGAGUUUUCCCAAGGAGGCUCUCAAGCGCAUCGAGAGCUCGCGCACUAUCGUCUCGUUCUUUUUCGUGUAUGUGAUGCUGCAAGCAUUGGCAAUUUUUUGGGGUUUUCUGUUUAAUGUUGGAGCAGUGCUGGGCGAAAACAUGAGCAAAAUCAUAACGAUGCCAUUUACGCAAGCAGUAUGCGUGCUGAUGGUGUACGUGUCAGUCAUGGGUAUUGUAUUGUCUUUCGGUCGAGCAAUGUGGAUUCUCACAUGGCAGUCACUGCAGAACUUUCCGCUUAUCCGUCGUAUUAUUGCAUGUGAAUGUAGUCCACAAGCUGUUAUCCUUACAGUUGCCAUGCCUAUGCUGAUUAUCUUACCUAGCCUGAUUGUGGUACCUUCGCACUGCAAUAGCCCAGAUCUCCAGAAGUCUCCAACGUUGAUUCAAGUCAUGUGCGAAGAGUCAUAUCUAAAAUUAUUAACGGACAAGCAUCCUGUAUUUCAGCGCGCAUUGCGUAUAUCAACUGCAAUUGCAAUUUGCCAGUUUAUUCAGCUUUGUCUGGAAAUUCUACCGCGAUGGCGCUCGGCACUUGCUGGCCUGAGUACAUUAAAAACUUUUGUUUCGGGUGGUUGCUUGCUAGCAAUGAAUUUUCUGGGUGGUUUGUGGGCUAUUGAAUGGAGUGCACGCCACUUUGGUCUAAAAGUUACACCGCUGAGCAACCUGACGAAUUACCAGUGGGAAAUUUUUGGUAUGGCUUUGCUUGUGGGAUGGAUCCUUUGGUUUCUGGCUGUUACCUGCUUUUCGAUCCCCAACGUGACUGAGUGUAACUCAAACAAAAAAGCACUUUCUAAUUUUUUUGAGCGUCUAAAAUUUACCUUCGCUGUUGGUCAGGGCAUUGUAUUUUUUCGAGCGUGCUUGCACCCGCACAUGGGUUUUGUUCACGCACAACUAGAACUUACAAUUAUCAACUUGCUAUUGCCAUCCAUUUACGUAAUAUCGCUAGUUUGUCUUCGAAUGGUAAGCUUACUGAGCGUGCGUGCAGUGUUAAUCGCCGCACCUCUUGCCCUGUGCAUCUCAGGCUUUAUAGUUGUAGGCUCGAAGAUGACAGAGAAGCCUCAUGUCUUCGUUGUUGUGACCAUGUUCUUGUUCGAUCGCUUCUUGCGUUCGGAAGCUGCUUCAUCGAUGAGCGAAAUGGGCCAAUCCCUCCAGCAAAUGCUUCAGGAAACGACGUCUGAUGAGACAUCUCUUCUGGGUCAUCGUACGGCCAAAAAGUUUGUGUACCUGGCGCUUGCUAUCCUGCUGCUCUUCGUGGGUGCUAUAUCGGGGUUCAGUGUUCUUUCAGCACUUCAAAAAAGCGCAAAAUGGUUUCCUGACGCUACGUCGGUAGUUUUCGAAAAUGAAUCGAUCCACAUUCAUCAUACGGGAGUAGUAAAAUUGCAACUUGGGCUUGCCACAGAGGCCGCGUAUGCAAUCACGGUGGAUGAUCCACUCUACGCGAGCUGUUCAAAUCGCUGGAACGGCCUCAGUCUGAUCGAUUUAGCUUUCUUUGCCGAAGCUGCCUAUUUUAAUCCAUUGUCUAAUGACACAGCCGAAUUUAUCUCAACAAUCUUUGACAAUAAAUUGGGCGACAUCCACGUUUACUUACCUGCACUGAAUACCAAAACCGGGUCAAAGCUCGACUUUUUCGAAGCGUACAUACCGAAUCUAAAUACAAGCGUCAUCUCAGUGCGUGGCACCGAUAUUUGGAGAUUCACAGACUUUGUAGAGGACGUAAAAAUGUUCUUUGAACCUGUGGUAUUCUCGGUGUUGUCCUCGGUCUUCCCAACCAUUCGCAUUUGGCCUGACGUAACGUUUUCCACUUUGAUUGAGUUAUACAGCGAGAUGAUUGGACUACUAGGUUUGCAACACGAGUCAUGGUAUUAUCACGAGCUAUUAGAAUAUGUCACAGCUCGGAGAGACCGUAAGGUAGUGCUCACGGGUCACUCAAUGGGUGGUGGUAUCGCGCGUCUGGUCGGUUCUAUCGUCGGAGCAACCUCAGUGACUUUCUCACCACCUGGGUGGGAUGUCGAUGAAGGUUCACCGAGCAAGCCUGCAUCAUCGUAA